GGGGGGGGGAUCGCGAGGGGCUAAUGAGUGCAAUAAAAGGGAGAUGCUGAUACAAGAGCAUGUAGCUUAGUUCAAGUUGUAUGUGUGUAGGCUACUUUGGAGCUACAACCGUUUAACAAUGUGACAAUUCUGGGAUAUAGCCUUAUCCGCACUAUGUUGCGUUUCAUGUAUGAUUUUAUUCUGGCUGAAGUCACAAAGAUGCUCGUGUGAAGAUGGGGGACUGGAACUUCCUUGGUGGGAUCUUGGAGGAGGUCCACAUCCACUCCACUAUGGUGGGGAAGAUCUGGCUCACCAUCCUCUUCAUCUUCCGCAUGCUGGUCCUGGGGGUGGCGGCCGAGGACGUGUGGAACGACGAGCAGUCUGACUUCAUCUGCAACACGGAGCAGCCCGGGUGCCGCAACGUCUGCUACGACCAGGCCUUCCCCAUCUCCCUCAUCCGCUACUGGGUGCUGCAGGUCAUCUUUGUCUCGUCGCCCUCGCUCGUCUACAUGGGCCACGCGCUCUACCGGCUGCGCGCGCUAGAGAAGGAGCGCCAGCGCAAGAAGGUCGCACUGCGUCGCGAGCUGGAGGAGGUGAACGCGGAGCUGGUGGAGCUGCGGCGGCGGAUCGAGCGAGAGAUGCGUCAGCUGGACCAGGGCAAGGUGAACAAGGCGCCGCUGAGAGGCUCUCUGCUGCGCACCUACGUGGCCCACAUCAUCACGCGCUCCGCCGUGGAGGUGGGCUUCAUAACGGGCCAGUACGCGCUCUACGGCUUCCAGCUGGACCCGCUCUUCAAGUGCGAGCGCGAGCCGUGCCCCAACGUGGUGGACUGCUUCGUGUCGCGGCCCACGGAGAAGAGCGUCUUCAUGGUGUUCAUGCAGUGCAUCGCCUUCAUCUCGCUCUCCCUCAACAUCCUGGAGAUCAUGCACCUGGGCUACAAGGGGCUCAAGGAGGGCAUCCUGGACAUCUACCCGCACCUUAGGGAUGAUCUGGAAGACAGCUACUACCCCACCAAGGGCAAGAAGGAUUCUGUGGUCCCUCAAGUCGGGAUGGCCACUGGACGAAAGGCCACUCUACCCUCCGCACCGGGUGGCUACAAUCUGCUCAUGGAGAAACCUCCCGACGGCCCUACCUACCCCCCUCUCAUCAACCCCUCAUCUGCCUUCGUUCCUGUUCAGGGGGACGUGCCCCCUAAAGGUGGGGCAAACGCCCUCAAGGAGUCGGCGCACAGUCCCACGGAGUACAACAGCAACUCCAACAACACCAGCAGUGAGACCCGUUCAGGGCCCAGCAACUCCAUCACUCCACCCAAGCCAGACGAGGUGGAGGACCAGGCCCAUCUUCCCCCACAUGACGAGGAGCUGGAGUUGGAGAGCCCUGAUUCCCCCUGCCUGCCCAGAGACUUCUCUCACUCCUCGUGCCCCACACUGCCGGUGAGCGCGGUGAAGAAGCCCUGGAAGGUCACCGCGCCUUGGCAUUGCUCCACGGUGGUCGAGGGCAACACCUCGGAAGAGGCCUCGCAUGGGAGCGCCAAGGGCCGCAGCGGGGGUGCCGCCAGCAGUAGUGGCGCAGCCUACGUGACCGCCCGUUCCCGCUCGGGCUCGAAGUCCAAGAGACCCAGUCGGCCCAGCACGCCCGACUCCAUCGAGGAAACGAGCUCGGAGUCGAGGGCCAGCCCCAGGACCUCGUCUCCAGUCCGCCGCGCAUCAUUGUCGAGCAGCGCAAGCAGCCGACGAGCUGCCCCGACAGACCUGACGAUAUAAGGGCCGGCGUUCAGCGCCAGUGACCUCUGACACAAGGUGAACUGAAUAUUCACUUGGAGAACCCUGGAGAAUAAAGACAACUGAACUGACAGUAAAAGUCCACUUGUCCAAAGCUUUGUAGCCACAGUCGUGACUCAAAAAAGCAAGACACAGAGACAACCUGCAUGCUUUUAAAGCUCUAUGUUUGUUUGAAAGUUCUGUUGAGAUGGUGAAGUAUUGGUAGCUUGACUGGGUCGUGGCUCUCACAGAUCCUUCAGUACUGCAGUACAGGUAACUCUACAGACAGGCUAUAAUGUACCAAACAAUAUUAUUACAAUAGAGACAUUUGGACUCAAGUCCACAGUGAAUCGGCACGGUGGUAUCAAAUAUCACCUAAAAAUCAAGAGACGUUUUAAAUCCACGCUUAAGAUAUGCAUAGCAGUUUUACUUCUGUGCUUUGCAUUAGCAAUACGUUCUAAUUAUUAGCAAUACAGUGCACAUUCAUUUGAGCUGAGUGACCAGUAUGAGUGGGGUGAGGUUAAAAUGUGUACUCAUUGAACUGCUUUUGGUAGUGUUAUAAUUUGCAAUUCGGUUUGAGUAUUUGUGAACAAAAUGCAUGAAAUUGUUGUUUAAUACCAUAUUUGAAAUGUGUUUGCUUUGUAAAAUAAUAAAAAUGUCUAAAAUACAA